UCCAAUCAGUAGCUCCGAAGGUGUCCCAAGGCCCGCCCCCGCCGCCGGGUCCAAAGCUCUCACCCCUUUUCCCCUCCCCCACACCCCCCAAGUCCUGCGGACCUGGGGGCUUCAGAAUCUGGAGCUAUGAAAAGUAUCUCUUCAGUCACUUCCGGUUUUUCUUCCCCCAAUACCUCAGCUGCUGCUGCUGCUGCUCAGGAGGUCAGAUCUGCCACUGAUGGUAAUACCAGCACCACUCCGCCCACCUCUGCCAAGAAGAGAAAGUUAAAUAGCAGCAGCAGCAGCGGCAGUAACAGUAGUAACGAGAGAGACGACUUUGAUUCCACCUCUCCCUCCUCCUCUACUCCUCCUUUACCACCUAGGGAUUCGGCAUCCCCUUCAACCUCGUCUUUCUGCGUGGGGGUUUCCUUAGCUGCUUCCAGCCACGUACCGAUACAGAAGAAGCUGCGGUUUGAAGACACCCUGGAGUUUGUAGGAUUUGAUGCGAAGAUGGCUGAGGAAUCUUCCUCCUCCUCCUCCUCAUCUUCACCAACUGCUGCAACAUCUCAGCAGCAGCAAGUUAAAAAUAAGAGUAUAUUAAUCUCUUCUGUGGCUUCAGGGCAUCACGCUAACGGCCUGGCUAAAUCUUCUACCACCGUCUCUAGCUUUGCUAACAGCAAGCCUGGCUCUGCCAAGAAGUUAGUGAUCAAGAACUUUAAAGAUAAGCCUAAAUUACCAGAAAACUACACAGAUGAAACAUGGCAGAAACUGAAAGAAGCAGUAGAAGCUAUCCAGAAUAGUACUUCGAUUAAGUACAAUUUAGAAGAACUCUAUCAGGCUGUAGAAAAUCUCUGUUCUUACAAGAUUUCUGCAAACUUGUACAAACAGCUGAGACAGAUUUGUGAAGAUCACAUCAAAGCACAGAUUCAUCAGUUCAGAGAGGAUUCUUUGGAUAGUGUUCUUUUUCUAAAGAAAAUUGACAGAUGCUGGCAGAACCACUGUAGACAAAUGAUCAUGAUCAGGAGCAUUUUUUUGUUUCUGGAUAGAACUUACGUUCUUCAGAAUUCAAUGCUACCGUCCAUUUGGGACAUGGGAUUGGAGUUAUUUAGGGCUCAUAUUAUAAGUGAUCAAAAAGUCCAGACUAAGACAAUUGAUGGCAUUCUUCUGUUGAUUGAGAGAGAGAGGAAUGGUGAAGCAAUUGAUAGAAGUUUACUCCGAAGCCUUUUAAGCAUGCUCUCUGACUUGCAAAUUUAUCAGGAUUCUUUUGAACAACGAUUUUUGGAAGAAACUAACCGGCUUUACGCAGCUGAAGGCCAAAAAUUAAUGCAGGAAAGAGAGGUUCCUGAAUAUCUUCAUCAUGUUAACAAACGUCUAGAAGAAGAAGCAGACAGACUUAUUACUUACUUAGAUCAGACCACCCAGAAGUCAUUAAUCGCUACUGUAGAAAAACAACUUCUAGGUGAACACUUGACAGCAAUUCUUCAGAAAGGUUUAAAUAACCUUCUUGAUGAAAACCGAAUUCAAGAUUUAUCUCUUCUAUAUCAGCUCUUUAGUAGAGUUCGAGGGGGAGUUCAGGUUCUCUUGCAGCAGUGGAUUGAAUACAUUAAGGCAUUUGGCAGCACAAUUGUAAUUAAUCCUGAAAAAGAUAAAACCAUGGUUCAAGAAUUGCUGGAUUUUAAAGAUAAGGUUGACCAUAUUAUUGAUAUCUGUUUUCUGAAGAACGAAAAAUUUAUCAACGCCAUGAAAGAAGCAUUUGAAACAUUCAUUAACAAGAGACCGAACAAACCUGCUGAACUAAUAGCUAAGUAUGUAGAUUCAAAGCUUCGUGCUGGCAACAAAGAAGCUACAGAUGAAGAACUUGAAAAAAUGUUGGAUAAAAUUAUGAUCAUCUUUAGAUUUAUCUAUGGCAAGGAUGUUUUUGAGGCCUUCUAUAAGAAAGAUUUAGCCAAACGCCUGCUAGUUGGGAAGAGUGCAUCUGUAGAUGCUGAGAAAUCAAUGCUCUCCAAACUUAAACAUGAAUGUGGAGCUGCUUUCACCAGCAAACUUGAAGGGAUGUUUAAGGACAUGGAACUUUCUAAAGACAUCAUGAUUCAGUUCAAACAGUAUAUGCAGAACCAGAAUGUACCUGGGAAUAUUGAAUUAACUGUAAAUAUCCUGACAAUGGGUUAUUGGCCAACAUAUGUGCCUAUGGAAGUCCAUUUACCACCAGAGAUGGUAAAACUUCAGGAGAUUUUCAAGACAUUUUACCUAGGCAAACAUAGUGGCAGGAAACUUCAAUGGCAGUCAACCCUAGGACACUGUGUGUUAAAGGCAGAAUUUAAAGAGGGUAAAAAAGAACUCCAAGUCUCUCUUUUUCAAACACUGGUGCUGCUGAUGUUUAAUGAGGGAGAGGAGUUCAGUUUAGAAGAGAUCAAGCAGGCUACUGGAAUAGAGGAUGGUGAGUUAAGGAGAACACUGCAGUCUUUGGCCUGUGGCAAAGCUAGAGUUCUGGCAAAAAAUCCGAAGGGCAAAGAUAUCGAAGAUGGUGACAAGUUCAUUUGUAAUGAUGAUUUCAAACACAAACUUUUCAGGAUAAAGAUCAACCAAAUCCAAAUGAAAGAAACGGUUGAGGAACAAGCAAGCACUACAGAAAGAGUAUUUCAAGACAGACAGUAUCAAAUUGAUGCUGCAAUUGUUCGAAUUAUGAAGAUGAGGAAGACACUUAGCCACAACCUCCUGGUUUCAGAAGUGUACAACCAGUUGAAAUUUCCAGUAAAGCCUGCUGAUCUAAAGAAGAGAAUAGAAUCCUUAAUUGACCGGGACUACAUGGAAAGAGAUAAAGAAAACCCAAAUCAGUACAACUAUAUUGCAUAAAAGUUUGGCCUUGGAGCAUUUUGUGUUUCAUGCUGUAGCCAGUCGAUAAACAUGUUGAUCCUAUAUUGUUUGAAUUCUUUUAUACUACCGAUGACCAAAUGAAGCAGUGUAAUGAAAAUAGUUGAGUGGACAUUUUCAGUGGUUAACAUGCCCAUUUAAAGAGUAAUACUUACCUUUAAGAAGAAUGUUGUUAAACUCUUUGCAUGUUAUUUAGUAUGAUGUGCAGAAAACUCUUAAGAAAGUAUUUGGUCUUUAUGAUUCCUCUUUGGAAAUAGGGAAGAGGUCCCUGUGGCUAUUAAAAACGGGGGUUCUUAUACACCGUUAAUUAUGAAGCAAAGGUUUAUUUGCUUAAUAUGUCAUUUAAAGAUACUUAAACUGCAUGCAAACUUUAUUUACUGUACAGAGUUCUGGAUGUAUUUAUCAAAUAGAAAAACCACCCUGGAUUUGGUUGUUCACCUGUUUUGUGAUUUCCCUUGAAAAGAAAAAUAAGUUGUCGCAACUAACUCCAUUUUACUAAGUAAUGUUCUGUUACACUCAAAGGGAUGCUUUGAAAAUUUUAUUUGGAAACAAGUUUUCAAGUAGAGGGACAGUUGCUUAUAUAAUCUCUUGUAUAUACACAUCCUCAAAUGUUCCAUUUAUGGCUGUGAGAUGUGUGUAUAUGGCUUAGCCUUGAGUUUACUGUGCUAAUUAACAGGUACUUAUAAAAAUAGCUGAAAUAGAAAAUUGCUGAUCAUUUGUACUAGAAGAACAAAAUAGGAGAGAAAAAUCCAACUUUCUUCAUAGUAAAAAUGAAUACAAUAUGAACAUUGCAAAAGAGACCAAAACCCGCAUAUUUUGUAAAUUUUUACACAACUAAAAAUUCAUCAGGUAGUUUUCAACUUCCUUUAGACUUUAAUGUUGCUUGAACAGUUUUGUGUUUAACUUGGACCAAUUGUAGAUUGUUACAGGCUUUUUAGGAUUUAGCAUUCCUAUUUUUUAUUACCAAAGUUUUUUUGGGGAAGCACCCUAACUCUUUGUUGGUAAAUAAGCCUUUACUGUCAUUUUUAUUCUAACUUCCUAUAGCCCUAGAUGUAAAGGUCCUCUCAUUUUCUCCACACAUCCACUAGUUUGGAAUUUCAAAUUCUAUUUCAUGCUGAUCUUGUUUCUUUCAAAAUUGUUUGAAGAAUUCUUACAAUGACCAGGCACCUACUUUUCAGGGGAAUAUCCUAGGAUUAUUCAGAUUAUACAGAAUAUAGCAAAAGUAUUGU